AUGGCAGAUAAGUUUCCAUGUGAAAGAUGCAAAGCUAACUUAUCUUUUAAAAACAGCACAGAAGAAACAGCGAGAUGUUGUAAUAUCUCACGUCCUGUGCAAAACAAUCUUGUAAUGCUUGUGUGUGGCGGGUGUCAAGCGAAAGUGAUUCACCAAAGAGGUGACAAAACUGUGAAAUGUUCUGACUGCCAACACAUCAAUAUUACAACAGUUGGAAGAACUUAUGGGGUUCGUCCACCUAACCAAGGUCCUCCGCAAUUUAGCCGGUUUGUUCGGCCUCAAGUUAACCUAAUUGAUUGUCCUCAAGGUACCCAGGUUGUUCCUCCUCACGUUAACCUGCUUCUUCCUCCUCACGUUAACGUGCUUGUUCCUCCUCAAGAUAACCGAGAUCAUCUGCCAGCUUACCGGUUUUUACCUGUUCAAGUUAACAAGGAUUUUCCUCUAGUUUACCGGCUUGUUCCUGAUCAUCGACUUAACCAGGGCCCUCCACAAGUUAACCGGGUUGUUCCUCAGCAAGUUAACCGGGUUGUUCCUCAGCAAGUUAGCCGGGUUGCUCCUCAGCAAGUUAGCCAGGUUACUCAGCAAGUUAGCCAGGUUACUCAGCAAGUUAACCGGGUUGUUCCUCCUCGAGUUAACCAAGAUCCUCUGCAAGUUUACCAGGUUGCUCUUCAGCAUGUUAACCAGGUUGUUCCUCAGCAAGUUAACCGGGCUGUUCCUCCUCGAGUUUACGGCCGGAGGAACCGUGUAGAAACUGCUGAAACUGAAUCAACUGCGAGUUCUCCUUUCACUGUGAGUAAAAAUGUUAAACGUUAUUUCUCUCUCUCUCUCUUAAAAUGUACUAAUAAUAAGAUGCUGUUACUCUUGUUGCAGCCAAAGCCUGAGAUCACUGUAGUUGAAUACCCUGAUAAUGCUGUUGCUGAAUCUGUAAUCAUCUCUUCUACUUCUCACUGAUUCAUUUGUACAAACCUUUUUAGGUUGCAUUCUAUUGUCUUUUUUGAUAACAUUGUGCUCUUUUGAUUGUGUUUUGUUUAGGUAAGGAAUGUUGCAACCAAGAGAGUAAAAGAAGUAGAAGAAGACAAGACAGAAGCAGCAGGAAGCAAGAAGACUCGUCUCUGAUCGAUUCAAAGUAAUGCCAAAAAUUUCUAUUUGUUUUUACACAUUUUAGUUUCUUUUAGUUCUUUCCUCAGUUAGAUCAAAACUCUCUUGUGGAGAUGUUUUGGUCUCUUUCCUGCUUUAAAAUUUUCUUUUUCUAAAAAAAAAAAAAAAAAAAANAUUUUUCUUGCAUUUUGAACUACAGUAUUAUUUUAGAUGACACAGUCAACAAGAUUCAAGAAUUUAUUGUUCGUACCUUUUUUGAUCAAUUUUAAAGUUAUGGUUCCAAAAUAUAAGAAAGAUCAAACCAUGGGGAUAAAAUAUGAAAUUUAUAUAAAACGUGGCGUUUUGAUUAAUGAAAAAAGAAAAGAAACAAAGAAUCGGUGGGGAAACGAGCUAUUUCCCCCCAAGAACUAUCAUAUCUCGCUGGAUGGAGCCCGAACAUGAGCCACAAUCUAUAUAGCUAUGUAAACUAUGACCAAUCUCUAUGUCCCCCCAAAUUAAAAGUUCUACACCUAUAUCCCCAUGAAAAAAAAGUUCUAUAUCUAUUUACACCUAGACCUGGUUAUGUGACGGUUUACUAUUUGCUUAACCGUCUAACGAAUAGCCUAAACCAAAAUUGACCAGAUUAAACCUGAUUUUACCCGAAUUUGUCGAUUUAACCAGAUAUAUCAUCCUCUCAAUCUCGAGAAAACUCUAAAUCGAAAAAUCCCCAAAUUUCUCCCAACAAAACCCUAAAUCGAAAAAAUCCCCAAAACUUGAAGAACCCUAAAAACUGCGAUUUCGAGUUCUUUCGAGUUGAGAGACGAUGUCGUUAGUUGAGAGAGAUCCCGGCGGUGAUUACGACGAAGAAGGUGAAGAUCGAGACGAAUUUCACAUCGAACAGCUAGUUGAGGAUUUUAGCGACGAACCUCCAAUCCGCCACGAU